AUGUCGUUGAGCUUCGAUAGUUACCACGGACAUAGCCCAGUUUAUAGUAAUUUCAAUGAGUACAAAGGAGAUGCCAAUUCAGAUACGAAUUUGAACUAUUCUGAAAAUUCUAAUGAUUUAUCUGCCAAGAUAAACGAUAACAGUCUCGUGGAAUUGACUCUCAACCUUGAGAGGGAGAGAGAAACCUAUUUGGAGGCAGUUGCCGUUCUCCAUGACCAACUCCGUGAAUCCCACGAACAGUGCCAACAGCUGGUAAACUCUCACGCUGAACUCACCCGAGAACUUGAGGCUGAAGUUGACGAUGGUUGGAAGGAGGCCAAACACUGGCAGGACAAGUAUUACAAGAGUUGCAGGAUCAUGAAAGCUGCUGGUAUUGACGUCAACAAGUACCCUAACCUGUCGGUGGUUGGGAGCCCUGAAAACGAAGCAACCAACAUUUCAAGUGUUAGCACAAAUGUAAACGAGCUUAAUGACUACCCAGCUGAGAAUUUUAAUGGUACCUGGGUCUACACACUUUCCGACAACUUCGAGGAUCUCGAGACCCUCGCCAACAUCCAUAGCCUUUCAAACAACAAUUUCCCGCUAACUGAAGCUGAGGCUAAGAUGAGGGAAAAGGUAAAGAAUGCGUGGAUAAACCUCAAAACUCCUAGAAGGUUCUCAAAUCAGUACCAUGUUCCAGAGUAUAUGCGUGAAUCAAACUCUGAACCUCUCUCAAAAAUACUCGAACUUCUUAAAUACGUCGAUUACUGA